CCGUACACAGUUUAUAAGUUGUUAACUUACUGACUUCCUACAUUCGACAAACUUGUGCGCAAAAUGGUUGUAAGACUUGGGAUUAACGGUUACGGCCGUAUUGGUCGUUUGGUCCACCGCGCCUCCUUGGCCCACGAGGGUAUUGAGGUUGUUGCUGUAAAUGAUCCAUUCAUGAGCGGUGAUUACAUCAAGUAUUUGUUGAAAUACGACUCUGUGCAUGGCACUCUUCCUCAUGAGGUCUCUGUCGAAGGUGAUGUUCUCAAGGUUGGAGACAAGUCCGUUGCCUUGUCUUUUGAGAGGGAUCCUGCCUCCAUUCCCUGGGGAAAGCACAAUGUUGAUGUUGUAGCUGAGUGCUCUGGUGUAUUCACUAGCACCGAGAAGGCUAAGCUUCACUUGGAUGGCGGCGCCAAGUUGGUUAUCAUCUCUGCACCAACCAGCGACGGUACUCCCAUGUUCGUCUUUGGUGUUAACCAUACUUCAUACGACAAGAGCGUUCGCGUUAUGUCCAACGCUAGCUGUACCACAAACUGCUUGGCUCCAUUGGCAAAGGUUGUUAAUGACAAGUUUGGAAUUGUUGAAGGUUUGAUGACCACCGUUCACGCUAUGACCGCCAACCAAUUGACCGUUGAUGGUGCUUCCCGUGGCGGCAAGGAUUGGCGUGCUGGUAGGUGUGCUGGUGAGAAUAUUAUCCCCGCUAGCACUGGUGCUGCCAAGGCUGUCGGAAAGGUCAUUCCAGAGUUGAAUGGAAAGUUGACCGGUAUGGCUUUCAGGGUACCUGUCGCUGAUGUUAGUGUCGUUGACUUGACUUGUAGAUUGGCAAAGCCUGCAUCUUAUGAAGAGAUUGUAAAGACCGUAAAGGAUGCUGCCCAUGGCGAACUCAAGGGCAUUUUGUCAUACACUGAGGAUGAGGUUGUAUCAUCUGACUUUGUAGACAACAAGCACUCUAGCAUUUUUGAUGUAAAGGCUGGAAUAUCCCUCAAUGAGAAUUUCGUGAAGUUGGUCAGCUGGUAUGACAACGAAUGGGGAUAUUCGAACAGACUUUUGGAUCUCGCUCUCUAUGUAAGCGGCAAGCAGUAGGUUGCCUAGGUAUUUUGUAUAUUUUAU